UUUUGAAAUUCCAACUAUUUUUUUUUAUUAAUGUUGAUUAUAAGAUAAUCAUCAAAUGUGGCUCAUCAGUGCAUUUAUAUUUUCUUAAAAACCCAAGCGGUAGCUUCGGUAUCAACUUUUCGGUUGGCAACACUUUGGUACGAAGUGAGGUUAUGUUGUGUUAGGUUAGGUUUGUUUUCCUGUCAGUGCUGUGUAAAGUAUUGAUUUUCCAGGUUUUCAUUAAAACCUGCAUUGCAGCAUCUUCAAUUUGAAGUUACAAAAAUAUUCUUGAAGAAAAAUGUUGUUUAAAGUGGUAAAAUGUCCCUCAGAUGAGCUGUCAUUGACAAACUGUGCUGUCGUGAAUGAUGCAGACUUUUCACAAUCAACAGAGCAUAUUGAAGUCAUUACAGGAGGGGUCAAAAAGUAUAUUUUUUCUAUUAAGAAAGAUCCGAGAGUUCACAGAAAUGAAGUUGGGUUUAGUUUGCCACAAAGAAAAUGGGCCACCUUGUCUAUUAAUGAGGACAUUGAAGUUAAUCCUUAUAAGGAAGAAGAUUAUAUAACUUCUAUUGUCCUAGAAGCUGAUUACAUGCAAAAGAAAACGACAUCUCAAGAACAGUAUGACACUGAUGAAAUGGCUAAAGAAUUUAUUUAUUCAUUUCCAAACCAAAUGUUUACAGUUGGUCAACAACUGGCUUUUCUCUUUAAAGACAAAAAGAUGCUUCUUCUUCAAGUGAAGGACAUUGAAGUUGUCAACGUCAAUACCCUCAAACAGGGUGGCGAAGCCAAACCUAAAAAAGGCAAAUUGGGAAAAUUGACACCCAACACUGUUAUACAGUUUGAAAAAGCCGAUACUUCUUCUCUUAAUUUAGUAGGCAAAGCUAAAGGCAUGAUUGUGCGUCAGUCGAUAAUUAACCCAGAUUGGGACUUCCAAAAAAUGGGGAUUGGCGGUCUGGGCAAGGAAUUUAACGCCAUAUUUAGAAGAGCGUUUGCGUCGAGAGUUUUCCCUCCCGAAAUUGUGGAACAGUUGGGUUGCAAACACGUCAAAGGUAUUCUUUUGUACGGUCCUCCAGGUACUGGUAAAACACUGAUGGCGAGACAAAUUGGGAGAAUGUUGAAUGCUAGAGAGCCAAAAAUAGUCAACGGUCCCCAAAUCCUAGAUAAAUACGUGGGCGAAUCUGAGGCUAAUAUCAGAAGAUUGUUUGCUGAUGCUGAAGAAGAAGAAAAAAGAGCUGGACCAAACAGUGGUUUGCAUAUCAUUAUCUUUGAUGAAAUUGACGCUAUUUGUAAGCAGCGAGGUUCAGUGGCUGGUGCUACAGGUGUUCAUGACACGGUGGUGAACCAAUUGUUGUCAAAAAUCGAUGGGGUGGAACAACUUAACAAUAUUCUUGUCAUAGGUAUGACAAACAGACGCGAUAUGAUUGAUGAUGCUUUGCUCAGACCUGGCAGAUUGGAGGUUCAGGUUGAGAUAAGCUUACCAAAUGAGGACGGUCGCUACGAGAUUUUGAAUAUUCAUACUAGCAGAAUGAGGCAAUACAAGAAAAUUAGUCCUGAUGUUGAUACAAGGGAACUGGCAACGCUAACUAAAAACUUUUCCGGUGCCGAACUUGAAGGUUUGGUCAGAGCAGCCCAAUCCACAGCUAUGAACCGCUUGAUAAAAGCUGCCAACAAAGUCGAAGUAGAUCCAGAAGCUAUUAGUAAAUUACUAGUAACACGAGGCGACUUUUUAAAUGCUUUAGAAAACGACAUCAAACCAGCUUUUGGUACAGCUCUAGAAACUUUAGAACAAUUUUUAGCUCGUGGAAUUACUGUAUGGGGUAGUCCCGUCAGCAGUAUUUUAGAAGAUGGCCGGUUAUUUACCCAGCAAGCUAAAGCUACUGACACUUCAGGUUUGGUCUCUGUUUUAAUCGAGGGUCCACCAAACGCUGGCAAAACUGCAUUAGCCGCACAACUUGCCAAAGAAUCCGAUUUUCCAUUUGUUAAAGUGUGCUCACCUGAGGAGAUGGUGGGUUAUACAGAAACUGCCAAAUGCUUACAUAUCAAGAAAGUGUUUGAGGAUGCUUACCGCUCAACACUGAGUUGCAUUCUAGUCGAUAAUAUUGAGCGUUUAUUAGAUUACGGGCCCAUUGGUCCUCGAUAUUCCAAUUUAACAUUACAGGCACUUUUAGUGUUGCUAAAGAAACAACCACCACCUGGAAAAAAAUUGCUUAUUUUGUGUACAACUAGUCGAAGGCAAGUUUUAGAAGAUAUGGAAAUGUUAUCUGCUUUCACUGCUAUUUUACAUUUGCCAAAUCUUUCAAAGGCUGAUCAGUUACUUACUGUUCUUGAGAAUUCCGAAGUUUUUAGUUCACAAGAAUUGAAGAAAAUUAGCCAACAAAUUCAUGGUAAACGUAUUUUCAUUGGCAUAAAGAAACUGCUGGCUUUGAUUGACAUGGCCCGCCAAACCGAUGAAAAGUUUAGAGUUAUGAAAUUGAUUACGAAAUUGGAAGAGGAUGGUGCACUGGAAGAUCCCGGGAUGGCCUAAUAUACCAAAUACAUGAUUUUACAGAUAUAAGAUUAUGAUAUUCCUGCACAUUCCACAUGUUUAGCAAUAUCUCGAUCAAUAGUCAAUUGUUAUUACAGUUAGGUACCGGUGAAAAAACACUCCUAGGGUGUUUUAAACAACAUGCAUCCUAAAUUAUAGUACAAUUAGAUUGUUUAACAUUGAUUUUUCUAUUUUUGCUUACAUUGUUAAUAAUUUGAAGCUUUUUGAAAGAAGAAUUGUUAUCGAAGUGUUUGUUUAUUGUUGGUUAAGUUAUUUUUCUAAAUUAUAAAAUUAUUAACUUAGUGUUAGUGUGUAGAAAAUAGUCCGUGGUUUCAGUCUAAUAAUUUAUUUUAUUUAAAACACUUGAGUGGUAUUGAAUCACAGUUAGUCACACUGAAAUUCUUCUUUGUUUUAUAAGUGUCUAGUUAAUAUGUGUGUACUAUAGAAAUUAAUUACUUCAUUAUGUGGUCUAUCAUAUAUCUGCUUAGCUUGUAUUCGAAGUCAAUAAUGUUAAAAAUAAAUUUGAAAUUUCUGAAACUGAAAGUUAUAAUUCUUUGAUAUCUCGUGACUGUUUGAUAGAGGAUUGUUAAAGAAAAAGGUUCAUAUUAUUUUCUUUGUAGUUCUUAGUAGCAUUCCUAUAAUAGCAGACUAUAACUGUUAAAGAUAUUGAAUAUUAUAUGUAUAUACAGGAUGUUUCAGCUUUAGAAUAGAUGUAUUCAACCAUCUACCUCAUCCGUGAGUAAAACUGGAUGACUACAAACCUGUUUCAUACUGUUUCAAGACACCAAGUUAGAAUUGUUGUGUUACACAUUGUUAAAAUGUAUGAAACUUGGAUAGUGUUAAGAAAAAAAUGAAGCAUCCUAUAUAGCAUUGUUGUCAAUAAUGAUGUAUAAUGAAUUUAUUUAUUAAUAUAAAGUCAGCCACCAUCAAUUAUAGCAAUUAUUUAAUGGUGAAAAGAGGGGGUUUCCCACUAGACCGGCGCAUCCCCCAUAUUUGCAACCGCGGUGUUUAUCAUACAGUGAGCGGCAAAAUUAUGUAAUAAUCUUAUUAAAACUGAAAAUAUUUUUUUAGGAAAAAUGCUCGAACGUAUCAAUUUUCUUUUUAAAAAAUAAACAAUUUUCAACUUGGUUUAAUAUUUUACACUUUUUGGUUUUUGAGUAAUGACGUCGUCGACAUUUUUUUUAAUGGAAACCUCUAAUUUUUUAGCUAUAUAGUUUGAUAGAUCUUUUAAUUGUCUAAAUGACAACACCGAAAUAUAUACAUAUUACAUAGUUUGAGAAAAAAAUACCAAAAAAAAAUGAAAUAUUAUCAACAAAAAACUAACAUAAAAUUUCAAAGUUGAGAAUUUUGUAUUUUUUGAAAAGAAAAUUGACCUGUUCGAGUAUUUUUGCACAAACAAAAUAUUUUCAGUUUUAAUAAAUAGUAUUAUUCCAUAAUUUUGCUGUAUAUUUUUUUUACAGUAUUAGGAUAAAAUUAUCAGCUGCAUUUAAGUAUUUAAUUUCUUUAUUAAAUUGUGUAAUAUUUUUUUUCAGGUGAAUUCUGGAUCUCAUCUUAUUUUCUCGUAUUUUUUGUGAACUACAGAGGAUGGCCAUCAGAAUUUUGUUAUGUUGUGACCAAAUUAAUUUUAUUUAAUUCUACUAAUAUAUUAUAAUGUAAGUUAAAGAGGAGAUUUUUUUAUAGCCGAACUGUUUAUUGCCUGAGAUGCGUAACAUUGACGGAAAUAAUAAAUGCGAGGCUAUAAAAAUCUUCUCUACCGUGUUUUAUGUAAUAUUUUUUUCACCACUUGCACAUUUAUUACUCAGAAAUACCACGGUGAAAAAUACUCGUAUGACAUUAUCUAAGGGGCAUGUUGUUUCAGACGUAACAUGUCGUAAUUUACAACUACUAUUUUUGUUGAUUUAUUAUUACCUAAUUAAUAAUUACUUACCUAAGUUAUUCCUAAGUUGGAAGUAUGUAUACAUAAAUUAUUUUAUUUUUAUCGUAAAUGAGUUUGUCAUUUUUUAAAUUCUGCAUCUAUUAAGGGAAUUUUCUAACUUCAUAAUAUGAAUUAUUAUUAAAAUAACAUAGGAAUUGUGAAAAAAAGGAAAAAUUAAAUUAAAAUUUGUCCUACUACCAAUAGUAUUUUAACAUGAAAUUAGCUUACUUAUUGUUUUGACAAAGACAGAAAAAUUAUUACAGGCGCGAUUAUUCUGAUUUUUUUUUAUUGAGGAUGUCUAAUUAGUCCUUAAAAGUCGUUAACUUUAAGUCAUCUCAAAAUACUUCCGUUAGUACUUGUGAUGAUAAUAUAGUUUUAAAUAAUAAUAUUCUAGAUA